AUGGCCAAUAUGUCUGUACCUCCGCCUCUCCCUAUUUCUAUAUAUCCACCUGCUUCACCUGUUGUAAUCACAGACACGGACCCAGGACAUUCUUCAGGAAUGUAUUUGCAGACACUGAAUAUGGCUGACUUGUCGGAAUGGCCAAAGAAAGAUAACCGUCGCAUGCUUCAUGUUGUCUACCGUGUUGGUGACCUUGAUCGCACCAUCAAGUUUUAUACAGAAUGCUUUGGAAUGAAGCUUUUGAGGCAUAGAGAUAUCCCGGAAGAGAAAUAUGCUAAUGCUUUUCUUGGAUUUGGCCCUGAAGAAACCCAUUUUGUUGUUGAAUUAACAUAUAAUUAUGGGGUGACCUCGUAUGACAUAGGGGAUGGCUUUGGACAUUUUGCAAUUGCAACUCAGGAUAUUUACAAAUUGGUUGAGCACAUCCGGGGAAAGGGAGGAAACAUCACUAGGGAGCCUGGACCAGUUCAGGGUGGCACUACUGUUAUCGCCCUUGUGAAGGAUCCCGAUGGUUACACUUUUGGACUUAUCCAAAGACCUACAGUCCAUGACCCAUUUUGUCAAGUAAUGCUUCGUGUUGGUGAUUUAGAGCGCUCAAUUAAAUUUUAUGAAAAGGCUUUGGGCAUGAAGGUGGUGAGGACGGUUGAUAAGCCCGAGUCUAAGUACACUAUAGCUAUGCUUGGGUAUGGAGAGGAGCAUGAGACAACUGUGUUGGAAUUGUCGUAUAACUAUGGUGUCACUGAAUACUCUAAGGGAAAUGCCUAUGCACAGAUUGCUAUUGGUACUGAUGAUGUAUACAAGAGUGCUGAGGUAGUAAGCCAAGUUAUAAAAGAAGUUGGAGGAAAGAUUAUUCGGCAACCAGGACCAAUUCCUGGCCUUAAUACAAAAACCACUUCAUUUUUAGAUCCAGAUGGAUGGAAAACUGUCUUGGUUGACAAUGUUGAUUUCUUGGAGGAACUGAAGUGA